AAAAAUUUUGGCCACCGUUCUCCGUACGGGGGCUUUUUCUGUCUGUCUGUCUGACAGGCUGGCUUUCCCCCUCUUUCCCACGGAGUCCGAGCCGGGCGCCCGGUGGGGAGUGGGGAGUGGGUGGGGGGAGCCAGCAGAGUUCCAUUUUGGAACGCCCGUGCCGCGUCUCCGCGUUCCCAGCCCGGGUCCCCGCGUUCCCAGCCCCGGCGCAGGUCUGGACGUACUGACUGCUCUUGGAGUAAAAAGAUUCCCAGGAUGUGAGCAACACGGGACCGAUAUGAUGCUUCCUGGUGUGUUUAGUGGUUGGUGCCAUUGCAAUUUUCUGUGCUGAAAUCAUUCUGAAAACUCACACAGUAGACUUCAGCAUACAAGGAAAGCCAAAGCCAUUUGAGGGGGAAUAAAGCCAAAAGCCCUUCACCUUAUUCGUUCCAAGAAUCUCACCAUCCCCUCCCUACCCCCCUCCAAAACUAAGCCAUUGCACACAGACAGGCAGCAUGGCUAGCAAACGAAAAUCUACAACUCCGUGCAUGGUUCGGACAUCACAAGUAGUAGAACAAGAUGUGCCCGAGGAGGUAGACAGGGCCAAAGAGAAAGGAAUCGGCACACCACAGCCUGACGUGGCCAAGGACAGUUGGGCAGCAGAACUUGAAAACUCUUCCAAAGAAAAUGAAGUGAUAGAGGUGAAAUCUACGGGAGAAAGCCAGUCCAAAAAACUCCAAGGUGGUUAUGAGUGCAAAUACUGCCCCUACUCCACGCAAAACCUGAACGAGUUCACGGAGCACGUUGACAUGCAGCAUCCCAACGUGAUUCUCAACCCCCUCUACGUGUGUGCAGAAUGUAACUUCACAACCAAAAAGUACGACUCCCUGUCCGACCACAACUCCAAGUUCCAUCCCGGGGAGGCCAACUUCAAGCUGAAGUUAAUUAAGCGCAAUAAUCAAACUGUCUUGGAACAGUCCAUCGAAGCCGCCAACCAUGUCGUGUCCAUCACCACCAGCGGCCCUGGAACUGGUGACAGUGAUUCUGGGAUCUCGGUGAGUAAAACCCCCAUCAUGAAGCCCGGAAAACCAAAAGCGGAUGCCAAGAAGGUGCCCAAGAAGCCCGAGGAGAUCACCCCUGAGAACCACGUGGAAGGGACCGCCCGCCUGGUGACAGACACAGCUGAGAUCCUCUCGAGACUCGGAGGUGUGGAGCUCCUCCAAGACACAUUAGGACACGUCAUGCCUUCUGUACAGCUGCCACCAAAUAUCAACCUUGUGCCCAAGGUCCCCGUCCCACUAAAUACUACCAAAUACAACUCUGCCCUGGAUACAAAUGCCACGAUGAUCAACUCUUUCAACAAGUUUCCUUACCCGACCCAGGCUGAGUUGUCCUGGCUGACGGCUGCCUCCAAACACCCAGAGGAGCACAUCCGAAUCUGGUUUGCCACCCAGCGCUUAAAGCACGGCAUCAGCUGGUCCCCAGAAGAGGUAGAGGAGGCCCGGAAGAAGAUGUUCAAUGGCACCAUCCAGUCAGUACCCCCGACCAUCACUGUGCUGCCCGCCCAGUUGGCCCCCACAAAGGUGACGCAGCCCAUCCUCCAGACGGCUCUACCGUGCCAGAUCCUCGGCCAGACUAGCCUGGUGCUGACUCAGGUGACUAGCGGGUCAACAACCGUCUCUUGCUCCCCCAUCACGCUUGCCGUGGCAGGAGUCACCAACCACGGCCAGAAGAGACCCUUGGUGACUCCCCAAGCUGCCCCCGAGCCCAAGCGUCCACACAUCGCUCAGGUGCCAGAGCCCCCACCCAAGGUGGCCAACCCCCCGCCCACGCCAGCCAGUGACCGCAAGAAGACAAAGGAGCAGAUAGCACAUCUCAAGGCCAGCUUUCUCCAGAGCCAGUUCCCUGAUGAUGCUGAGGUUUACCGGCUUAUCGAGGUGACUGGCCUUGCCAGGAGCGAGAUCAAGAAGUGGUUCAGUGACCACCGGUAUCGGUGUCAAAGGGGCAUCGUCCACAUCACCAGCGAAUCCCUUGCCAAAGACCAGUUGGCCAUCGCGGCCUCCCGACACGGUCGCACCUACCAUGCAUACCCAGACUUUGCCCCCCAGAAGUUCAAAGAGAAAACACAGGGUCAGGUGAAAAUCUUGGAAGACAGCUUUUCGAAAAGUUCUUUUCCUACCCAAGCAGAACUGGAUCGGCUAAGGGUGGAGACCAAGCUGAGCAGGAGAGAGAUCGACUCCUGGUUCUCGGAGAGGCGGAAGCUUCGAGACAGCAUGGAACAAGCUGUCUUGGAUUCCAUGGGGUCUGGCAAAAAAGGCCAAGAUGCGGGAGCCCCCAACGGUGCUCUGUCUCGACUCGACCAGCUCUCUGGUGCCCAGUUAACCAGUUCUCUGCCCAGCCCUUCGCCAGCAAUUGCAAAAAGUCAAGAACAGGUUCAUCUCCUGAGGAGCACGUUUGCAAGAACCCAGUGGCCUACUCCCCAGGAGUACGACCAGUUAGCGGCCAAGACGGGCCUGGUCCGAACUGAGAUAGUGCGUUGGUUCAAGGAGAACAGAUGCUCGCUAAAAACAGGAACUGUGAAGUGGAUGGAGCAGUACCAGCACCAGCCCGUGGCAGAUGAUCACGGCUACGAUGCCGUAGCAAGGAAAGCAACAAAACCCAUCGCCGAGAGCCCAAAGAACGGGGGUGACGUGGUUCCACAAUAUUACAAGGACCCCAAAAAACUCUGCGAGGAGGACUUGGAGAAGUUGGUACCCAGGGUAAAAGUAGGCAGCGAGCCAGCAAAAGACUGUUUGCCAGCAAAGCCCUCAGAGGCUACCUCAGACCGGUCAGAGGGCAGCAGCCGGGACGGCCAGGGCAGCGACGAGAACGAGGAGUCGAGCGUUGUGGAUUACGUGGAGGUGACGGUCGGGGAGGAGGAUGCCAUCUCAGAUAGAUCAGAUAGCUGGAGUCAGGCUGCAGCAGAAGGCGCGGUGGAACUGGCCGAAUCGGACUCCGACUGCGUCCCUGCAGAGGCUGGCCAGGCCUAGACAGGGAAGUCAGUUAGAACUGCUGUGCUGAUCAAGGGGAUGCUCUGUCUUUGAAGAAAGAAGAAAUGGUCCCUCCCCAGCCAUGGGCCACCCUCGCCAGUGACUCCAAAUGGAACUGCUUAGCUCGUGUGUGCCUGGAGGGGGCAGAAGCCCAGCAACUCUCAGACGCACCUCCCAGAGGACCGGUGGGAAUUGUUCAUAGUGCCAAAGUCCUACUACUGCGUUUUCAAUGGGUCCUUGUACAUAGUUUGCUCCUCUGCCCUAGCCCUCACCUCUUGCUAUACUGGAACUGAUUUGUACAAUAUGGGAAUUUUGUUACCUUUUUAAUCAAGGGCAACUUCCUUUUCCAGCACUACCAUUGUAAGGAUUUUUUCAGGAGGGAGGGCUAACCACCUUGCUUUUCUCUUUUCUCCUUUUCUUUUUUUAUUUUUGUUUUAUUAAUUUGGGGAAAGGGGUGUUAGUAUUAGUGCCAUGAUAUCUACUGGAUUUUAAGUAGGGAGACUUUAUUUUUAAAGGUAGGUUGAAAUUUGGGAGAUUUCUCGGCAGGAAGGGCUGAAAUCCAGGCCUCUGUCUCAACCUGGAGAGAGGUGACAGGCGACAGAUCCUCCAAAUCAAAUUCCUUUCCAGUUCUUCCCCUGGCUGCUUUUUUGGGGGGUCCCUGCCUUACUCCAACAGAAGGCUUUAUGAACUGCCAAGAGGGGAUCUGGCUUCGCAAAUUCUUGGCCUCUUGGGCCAGGCUGUGUCCAGCCAGCCCUGGGAGAACUGGGUAGCAGGUGGCUGAGUUCUUUAAGCACCUUUCUUUUUUUUUUUUUUUUUUUUUUGAGACGGAGUCUUUUGCUCUG